AGAAUCUUCUUGUUCAAUUCAAUGGGAAUUUCACCCAAUGCCUGCUUUGCUCAAGAAUUCUUCAUCCAUGGAUUCACUGUCAUGGAAUCCUCAGUGCUUCUAGUUAUGUCUUUGGAUCGCUUUCUUGCCAUUCAUAGUCCCCUGAGAUACAGUUCUCUCCUCACUAGCAACAGAGUUGCUAAAAUGGGGUUGAUUUUAGCCAUCAGGAGCAUUCUUUUAGUGCUUCCAUUCCCUUUCACUCUAAGGAGAUUAAAAUAUUGUCAGAAGAAUCUCCUUUCUCACUCAUACUGUCUACAUCAGGAUACCAUGAAGCUGGCCUGCUCUGACAACAAGAUCAAUGUUAUCUAUGGCUUCUUUGUUGCUCUCUGUACCAGGCUGGACUUGGCAUUAAUUUUUCUGUCAUAUAUGCUGAUCUUGAAAACAGUACUCAGCAUUGCAUCUCUGGCAGAGAGGCUCAGGGCCCUCAAUACCUGUGUCUCCCACAUCUGUGCUGUGCUCAUUUUCUAUGUACCCAUCAUCACCCUGGCUGCCAUGCACCGCUUUGCCAAGCACAAAAGCCCUCUAGUGGUAAUCCUUGUUGCAGAUAUAUUCUUGUUGUUGCCACCCCUAAUGAACCCCAUUGUGUAUUGUGUAAAAACUCGACAAAUCCGGGAAAAGGUCUUGGGAAACUUGUUAAACAUAUGUAGGAGAUAA